AUGACAGGCACCGACUUCAUCAGCAGGCUUCCAUUCGAGAUUAAGACUCAUAUUUGCAAAUGCAUCUUCAAAGGUGCAAUCACCUCUCUGAUGGAGCCUACACAUGUAGCAGAUGAGUCUGCGACCACCACCACAAACGCUGCGAUAUUCGAGCAAAGCAUUGAUGAUCUCAACAACCUCUCACUCGCAAACAAACACUGGCGCAUCAUUACCCAUCCCGUGCUCGACAAGAUACCCCGAUUCAUUCUACAGGACUUCCUCAAGCCUGCGCCAUGGCAAAUCGCAGAGACACAGCUUUCCCAUCGACGUACUCGCGAAGGUUUACCGCCAAGAGAGGAACAAUCAGCGCUCUGUCCCUACAUAGACUCGCUAUGCAAGCUACCAGCGAAGUUCAGACCAUGGGCCGUAGCCAAGACAGCGCCUUCUACGCCUUACAAACUGGAGAAUUUCCUCCAAGAGCGCGGCGAGCACUGGGCGUGGUGGACAACACCCGUAGCGAGGGAGAUUUUACUUCCUGCUUUGAACAUCCCACCCAUUUAUCUUGACGAUAUUAUUUCCUCUAGUCAGCCAGAAGAACAAGAGCAAGUCCACUGGAUCGAAGGCGAUUUCGCCAGUCAAACACUCCAUCAGAUCCUCAUAGGCUUCGGCUACAAUCUGAGCCAGAGUCUCGUCAUGCUCCUCAAGGCUAUGGAUGUGGAUAAGAUCCGACUGCGAUUCAAACCCAACGAGGAGGAGAAAGCUGUCAUGAAUAAGGUCGUGGAGGUUUCUACCAUUCAGCCUGAGGAACGCGGCGGUUAUUGGAGAAGGAAGGCGGAAGGGACGAAUAGGACGGAGGUGAAGACGAUGCAGGCUGCGGGCUUGGUUUGGCAGUAUCAGGAUGCUGUGGAUGAUGGCGAUUGGUAG